UCCAGGGAUUGUUGGAAGAAACCAGAGCUUGCCCUAAAACCAGCUUUUGUCGGUCUGUUAAUCAAUUCGACAACGGUCGGGAAAUCCCAGUUGUGUUGGGAAAUCCUAAUUUAAGACAGCAACUGCAUUAGUUCCUACUUAUACAUAUACAGUUUCCAUGAUUUCCUUAGUUGCUGUUGUCGCCUACUUUUGUCGAAGAGAAGAUUUCACUGUCCCCCAUUCAAUUCUCUGCCGCAGCAAAUCCAGAACAGCUGCUGCGAUCCGCCAUGAGUACCAACGGAAAGCAUGUGCCUUUGAAUGGCAGUAAAAAGCGUACUGGUCACACCAGCUGUAAGGGAAGAGGUACUUAUAGGGUUGAUGAAGAUGGUAAUGUGAACUUUCGGAGUAAGCCAAAAUCUCUAUAUGAAUAUUAUGGUGAACUUUGCAACUGCAGAAGGGGACGGUUGAGAGAGGAAGCAUUGUCCUUUCUAGUUGAGGCUUUAUCCACGAGAGUGGAGAGAAAAUUCGUCGAGGAAAAUUUUGUCACAUUGUUUUAUCAACUCUUAACUAUUGUAAAGAAGGGCUCUGCUAAAGAGAUAUUGUUAGCUUCACAUGCUAUAGGCUUGUUGGCAAUUGUCAUCAAUUCUGACGAGUAUGCCCAUGAAGCAUAUGAAGAGUCUCUCACCGUACUGUCACAGGCUGUCAAACCUGGUUCCAAGGCCUCAAAGAUUUUCGAAUGUUUAGGAAUUGUUACUUUUUGUGGCUCGGGGAAUUCAGAGGAAACUCAAACUGCCAUGCAAAUAAUUUGGAAAUUCAUUAAUCCAGGAUCAGGCUUUGAUGAUGGACCAGUUGGGAAAAAGCCAAUUGGAAAUAAACUUGUACUCACUACAGCAAUAACUACUUGGUCUUUCCUCCUGUCAACUGUAGAUGGAUGGAGGUUGAAUCACAAAUACUGGAAAGGAGCCAUAUCUUACUUCUCAAAUCUACUAGAGGAUGCUGAUGAAUCAGUUCGUAUGGCAGCUGCUGAAGCAUUGGCUCUUAUAGUUGAAACUGACUCUCUUGAGAAGUUUUCAAGUGAAAUAAACAGUGGGACUGAUAGUUCCAAUCAUGGAGAAAACAAUUCCUUCAAGUCAUUCAAACAAGAACUGAAGGAAAAUAUCAUAAUGAAACUAAGGACCUCCCUGACAAAAGUGGAUUUGGAUGGUGAUGAACAUUCUGCAGAAACAAUAAGAAUGUCCAAAUGUAAAUUAAAUAUUUUGAGACAUUUGCAGGAUGGCUAUUGUCAGGAAACAUUGAAAAUUGGUAAAGAUAGACUAAUUUUAUCAACAUUGUCUCAAAUAAUUCAGCUGAACUUUAUGAAGAAUUUUAUGGGAGAAAGUGUAUUUAUCAAACACAUGAUGGAAAAUGAGCACCUCCGCAAUGUCUUUGAGGUUACGCCUAAGGCAGAGCCUCGUCCAGGGGUUGCGCACGAUGCACCCAUAAGAGAAGAGAUUAUUGUUCGCUUCGUACGCCGUGAAGUUGUAAGACAGAAGGAUUGCUCGCUGUUACCUUUUAUAAGCAGUGAACAAAAACAGCUAAUGAAGAAGAUGACAAAGUCCCCUAACUCCUCCUUAAGCAAGGCGAGGACUAUAUUGCUGAACAAGAAUCGUAGUGUAUCAUUGCAGGGAAAGAUUAUUGGCGACUUCACGUCUGAAGAUGCAUAAGAUGUCGAAUAAGAAUAUUUGUCCGAAGUUUUGUCGAUCGAAAAUUGUCGGGUGAGAUUUUGUAUUUUUAAAAUAUCGAAAUUAAAUUUGAAUAUACAUUUCUUUACAUUUAAAAUGGAAUGGAGAUCCUUUCUGGUUUUUGAUUC